AUGGACAUAGCCAGGCUCAUGAUUCAUGUACAGCAGGUUGAGGAAGACAAAUUGAAAAAUAGGGAAGAGUUUCGUAGUAAGAGGGCUAAGACAAAAAUCAUGAGCCGGCUAGUAGAAGACAGGAAAUAUAAAUUGAUCAUCCUUUCAGCAAAGGUCACCAAGGCCUUCUCCAUCGUCAACUAUUUGGCACAAAGGUUCACUCGCAACCCACUUUGUUGUAAGUGUAGUAAGCUUCAUUCUGGAGAACAUCGUGUUGGUAUCGAUGGUUUCUUCAAGUGUGGAAGGACAAGUCACUUUUCUAGGGAAUUCCUUAAGAACAAGCAGUGUAAUGGGGGCAAUAAAGCCCAAUCUUCUUCAGCAGCUCCAGAAGAUAGAAAUAGCCAGAGAGGAGCUGCUCCAGGAAUAGGCGGGGGUACAAAUCUUCUCUAUGCUAUAGCUAGUCGCUAG